AGCGCCCCCUGUUUCCCCUUCCCUCCUCAGUCCUCCCUGCCAAGUCGGCACUCUCUCCCACAGAAAGCGACCGCCAAAAUUUCUCCUUUCAACUGGUCUGCAUAUGCCAAGACAUUUUUUACUCAGAUUUGUGUCGAAACUUUUGACUCUUAUACGAACUGGGAAAGAAAGACAAAGAGCAAUCGAUGGGUAGAAGUAAAGUUGGAACUUGUGCAUGUCCAAAAUGAGAAAGAGGAUUUUUUUUUGGAUGUGUUAUGGAAUGCCAGCAGUGGAAGAAGAAGAAGAAGAACAAGAAGCAUCAUGACAGUUGCUGUCUAGGAGGUUUUUAUUCACAUCUGGAUCUUUGCCAAAAAGAUUUGAUGAUUCUUUCUUUACCAAGGCAAUGAAAAGUGUCCAUUGGUUCUUGUUUAUCUUCUUGCUCUUCUUUGCUCCGAUUGCAUCUCCAAUGGUGCAAGCAUUUACUGGAACAUAUGGAAUAAAUUAUGGAAGAAUUGCUGAUAACAUCCCUUCACCUGAUGAAGUUGUUACCCUUCUCAGGGCAGCAAAGAUAAGGAACGUUCGGAUCUAUGAUGCUGAUCAUAGUGUUCUCAAAGCAUUUAGUGGGACUGGGCUUGAACUUGUGGUUGGGCUUCCAAAUGACUACGUGAAAGAAAUGAGUGUUAAUGCAAGCCAUGCCAUGACUUGGGUUAAAGAAAAUGUGCAGGCUUUUCUCCCCAAGACAAGUAUUUGUGGUAUUGCUGUAGGGAAUGAAGUUUUGGGAGGAAGUGAUUAUGAACUCUGGGGAGCUCUUUUGGGUGCGAUUAAAAAUGUUUACAAUGCCUUAAAAAAGCUUCAUUUAGCUGAUGUAGUUCAGAUUACUACUGCUCAUUCACAAGCUGUUUUUGCUAAUUCCUAUCCACCGUCUUCGUGUGUAUUCAGAGACAAUGUUGUUCAAUACAUGAAGCCACUCUUGGAGUUCUUCUCUCAGAUUGGCUCGCCAUUCUGCUUGAAUGCUUAUCCAUUCCUGGCCUAUAUGAGUGACCCAGAGAAUAUUGAUGUUAAUUAUGCUCUUUUUCAGAAAACUCAGGGUAUUUAUGAUCCAAAAACUGAUCUGCAUUAUGAUAACAUGCUUGAUGCUCAGAUUGAUGCAGUGUAUGCUGCAUUAGAAGAUGCCGGAUAUAAGAAGAUGGAAGUCAUAGUUACUGAAACAGGCUGGGCUUCACAUGGAGAUGAUAAUGAAGCUGCUGCAACAGCUGAUAAUGCAAGAACAUAUAAUUAUAACCUGCGUAAAAGGCUUGCAAAAAAGAAAGGUACUCCUCUCAGGCCAAAAAUUGUGGUAAAGGCAUAUAUUUUUGCAGUAUUUAAUGAGGAUUUGAAACCUGGGGCGACUUCUGAGAGGAAUUAUGGACUGUUCAAGGCUGAUGGGAGCAUUUCAUAUGAUAUUGGGUUUCAUGGACUUAAAUCUUCAUCUGCCGAUUCAUUGCAUUUGUCUAUGAAGGCUGUGCAAGAUCAAGCUUUGCCCAGUUCUUGUUUUUUGACGCUGACAAUCUCAGCUGUGGCAUCACUUCUAUUUUUAAGACAAUGAUGUUGUGUUAAGAAGAGUGAAACCAGCAUUCAGAAUCCAAAGUCGAUAAGUUGUAGGUUCGAUACCAUUCAUGCUACUCUUUAAACGUUGAUAUAUACGAACAUUUAUUAUUGUAUUUGCAUAGAAUAUCUGCCAGAAACAACUGAUUAUUAUCUAUCUCAACCAUGUAAAUUUAGUUUUUUGCCAGAUAGAACUUCUCUUUUCUGGAGUUGAUGGUGCUUCCUCUUUUGCUUGUACAUUUUUACAACUAUGUUAAGGCCCUUUUCCAAGUUAUUAUUGGGUCAACAGUUCAGAGAUUUGAACAGGCUUAUUGAUUCUUUC